UUCGUGCAACAAAUCAAUAGUGUGUUAGUCAUGUGGAAAAUUAAAUAAAAAAAAUAAGUAACAAUUAAAAGAUUCUCUAUCGCAAAUACUCAUUGGCUUGUUGUAAAAAUGGCGUGGCGCAACGGUUAUAUGAGAUAAACACUCAAAAGAAAAGGGGUUAAAUAUAAAUAAAAUCUUGAAUUAUAUCAUGAAAUAUAACAUGUUUUAUAGUUUCAACAUGAAUUUAUUUUUUGCAAUACAAAAUAUAAAUUUUUGUUGGAACUGGAUCACCAUUGAAAAUUUGAUUUUUGAGAUUUUCAAUUGGUGAUUCGAACGAUAAACUUUCAAUUUGUGAUUUGAACAGCAAAAACAUUUGUACGCUCAAAUUGUAAAAAUUAAAAUUUAUGUUGAAAUUGUAAAUACAUUAUACUUGAUAAUUUAACUUUUAUCUAAACCUAAGAAAAAUGGCAUAUCUAGUAAAACAGACAUAACACAUUUUUGGAUUAAAUUAUGCACUUGUUCUAUUUUUGAUAUUGGAUUUCUACACUUCUAUUUAUCAACAUUGAAUCUUACACUUUUAAUUUUAUAGACCUUAAGUCCCUCGGUCAAUUAAAAAACGUUAACAAUGUCAAUUCAUGAGCUAAAGAAAACAGUCGGAGAAAGUAAUAAUAUCAAUAAAAAGAAAUUUAGGGACUAAAUUUUAAAAAUUUAAUAAUUUUUUUUAUUUCAAUCGCACUAAUUGCAUGUGAAGUAUAUAUUGUUUAUAUCCAUGGCGGAAUGGCCUUACAUCUGUAAAAUUAGAAAUAUAGGGACUUAAUAUUGAGAAAUAAAUAUGUAGGGAUCCAAAGCCAAAAAUGGACAAAUACAAGGACCCAAAUAUAUUGUUUACCAAUAAAAGUAAAUGUGAUAGGCAAUGAAUAAAAAAAAAAUACACACAUGAUUCUGAUUCAAUGGUUAGUGAUCGAGUUAUCAUGAAAUGAACUUAUGCACACAGCACAGUCAAUCAUUUUUAUCUAAGGAACCUGAAUGCCGCUCAAAUUUAAGCGCCAAACAUUCUCAACCGAAGAGCAUUCUAACAAUCUCAAAUCCAUAUUCAACAACAAACAAAACCAACUGAAAACCAGAAUUUUCAUGUUCUUGAUCAUCUUUUAUCAAACAACAACAUAAUAAAAAUAUACUUAAAAAGAUUUAAUCAAUACAAGAAUUCUUGGGAGGAUCAUAAAGAAUGGGAAAAAAGAAGAAAGAUAUAAUUCAUUUAGAGAGAGAAUCUGUAAUUCCAAUCCUCAAGCACAAGCUCAUUGCUGCCUUAUCUGAUCGCAUAGAGAAAAGAUCUGAUCGUGAUGAGUUCUUAAAGCUUUGCCAGAGAGUUGAGUAUACAAUUCGAGCAUGGUAUCUUCUGCAAUUUGAGGAUCUUAUGCAAUUAUAUGCUCUAUUUGAGCCUAUUCAUGGUGCCAAGAAAUUGCAGCAGCAGAAUCUUUCCCCUGAAGAUAUUGAUACUUGUGAGCAUCAGUUCUUAAGCUGCCUGUUUCAGGUGAUGGAGAAGAGUAAUUUCAAAAUAACAACUGAUGAUGAGAUUAAUGUUGCUCUUUCUGCACAAUAUCGUCUAAAUCUUCCGAUUGUAGUCGAUGAAACUAAGCUUGACAAGAAGCUGUUUACAAGGUACUUCGCAAAGCAUCCUCAUGAUAACCUCCCAGACUUUGCUGAUAAGUUUAUAGUCUUCCGGCGUGGGUUUGGAAUUGAUAAGAUGACUGCUUUCUUUAUUAAACAAAAAAUAAACACGAUCAUUGCACGAAUAUGGAAGUGUUUCUUGACAAUUACCUGUUUAAAAGCACUUUUCUUCAGCAAGCCAAGAGAUGAAGAAAGUAGGACAGAUUCAAAAUCUGUUGAAAUAUGUAUAGAUUCAGAUGAGGAUGAUCUAUAUGUUGAAAGAAUUCGUAUAGAGAAGAUGAAACUCAGUUUUUGUAAUCUUUUUGGCAAGAACACAAUCCAAGAACCUGUUUUUCAGAGUAUAAUUGUCGUCUACAGGAGAAAAGGAAGCAAAAAAGAAGCAGAGAGGAACAUAUACGUUAAGCAUUUCAGAAACAUUCCGAUGGCUGAUAUGGAGAUAGUGCUCCCAGAAAAGAAAAAUCCAGGUUUAACUCCAAUGGAUUGGGUCAAAUUCAUUGUUUCUGCUGUAAUAGGACUGGUUACUGUAAUUAGUUCUCUUAGCAGUCCUACAGCAGAUAUUCGGGUUAUUUUCGCUAUCCUCACGUCUGUCGUCGGUUAUUGUGUUAAAACUUAUUUCACGUUUCAGAGUAAUUUGGUUAGCUAUCAGAGCUUAAUCACACAGUCUGUGUAUAACAAACAACUUGACAGUGGAAGAGGCACUCUUCUACAUUUGUGUGAUGAUGUGAUCCAACAAGAAGUAAAAGAGGUGAUUGUUUCAUUUUUUGUAUUGAUGGAGCAAGGAACAGCCAGUAGAAAGGAACUUGAUCAGCGGUGCGAGGAUCUUAUUAAACAAGAAUUCGGCGAGAAUUGCAAUUUUGAUGUAGAUGAUGCUGUUCAGAAGUUAGAGAAGCUCGGACUUAUUGUUCAAGACACUCGUGGAAGCUAUACAUGUGUAGACUUGAGACAUGCUAAUGACAAAAUUGGUACAACAACAGAGGAGAUGGUCAUGAAGGCUAAACGGGGUAAUAACACUUCGAGAUACUGACAAACUACGUUGCACGGAAAUUUAUCGAGUCUGCAUUUCAUUUUUAUUUCCAAAAUGAUUAUGCAACUCCGAAACUCUGUAUUUAGUUUGAUCACUUAACAAAAGGUUAUUUUUCUUUCGAUACAUAAAUUGCCUAUUGUACCUUGUCAUCAAUGCAUCAUUCUAUCAAAAACUAUUUCAAGGAAUUAGUAAAUAGCAUGAGAGUA